UUUGUGGUCCCCAGACGCACACCAUCAAAGAUCCCACCUCACUGCCAGCAAUGGAAACCUCUUCAGUCCUCCUCGUGUGCAUUCUGGCGACAUGUUCAGUCUGGACGGUGUACGGCAGAAGCCUCGAGGUCGACUUUGACGAUCAGAAGCUGGUGGAGGUAGAGAUCUCUGUGAAUCAGGGCAAGCUUCCAGGCGUGUGCUGGGCGUGCAAGUGGGCUUUAAACAAGGUGAAGAAAAUCAUUGGACGUAAUGCCACGGCGGAGAGCCUGACAACGAAGUUGAAGUCCGUUUGCAAAGAAAUUGGCUUCUUAAAAUCCCUAUGCAAAAUAUUUGUGAAGAAGCACCUCGCAGAACUAGUUGAGGAGCUCACUACCACGGACGAUGUGAGGACGAUCUGUGUCAAUACGGGAGCCUGCGCGCCAAAGGAGUUGGUGGACAUUCUCUUUUAUCAAAGGGAGGACGAGCCAGCAAGUGACAUGAAUGAAUAUCCCUGAUGGCGUAUGCAUGAACUAUAAUCAUGAUGCACUCAGUUUGCUUUAUUCAUACUCACUGCAACAAAAAUAUAUAAUCAAGAAUCUUUUCCAGCUUUGUCUACCACUCUUUCUACUUCUAACAUUUAAUAAAUAUAUGCAUUUCAAAAUGUCCAGAGUAAUU